AACGCAGCUGACAGUCUAAGGACAUAUGCCAGGAGAAGAGGUGGUGUCCAUGGGUCUGUACCUGGGGGAGAAAGCCUAUCUGAGGAGCAGCUGGAACAUUCUCGAUGGUUUCCUCGUGUUUGUGUCUCUGAUUGACAUUGUGGUGUCCAUGGCGGGCGGGGCUAAGAUCCUGGGGGUUCUGCGGGUACUCAGGUUGCUCAGGACGCUGCGCCCCCUCAGGGUGAUCAGCAGAGCUCCAGGGCUGAAGUUGGUAGUCGAAACCCUCAUCACAUCCCUCAAGCCCAUCGGCAACAUCGUCCUCAUCUGCUGCGCCUUCUUCAUCAUCUUUGGUAUUCUUGGUGUUCAGCUCUUCAAAGGGAAGUUCUACUACUGUGUGGGUUUCGACGUGAAGAACAUCACUAACAAAUCUGACUGCCUGGCUGCCAACUAUCGAUGGGUUCACCACAAAUACAACUUUGACAACCUUGGACAGGCUCUAAUGUCCCUGUUUGUGCUGGCCUCAAAAGAUGGCUGGGUCAACAUCAUGUACCACGGACUGGAUGCAGUGGGGAUAGACCAACAGGAGGACAUUUGUGUUUCAGGUGUCACAGUGAGCACCGUGGUGGAUCUGCAGAAGAGAAUUAUUGGAGGUCAAGAGUGUAGAGGAGAUGAGCGUCGUUACCAUGUGAAGUUGAAUAUAACUAAUGGUACCCAUGAGACGUUUUGUGGUGGCUCUCUGAUCAGUAACCAGUGGAUUCUGACUGCAGCACACUGCUGGGAGCAGGAAUGGACUACAUAUGCAGUUUUAGGUGUGCAUCCGGGGCCAGGAACAGAAGUGCAAAUCACAGCACCACCCGUGAUCUAUAUCAGCAACGGCGUCUGUCAUGACAUCAUGCUGCUGAAGCUACCUAACCCUACUCAGGUUCAACCUGUACCACCUCCUAGGUGUAACGAUCGUCCCAGUGUAGGUGAUGCAGUUCAGAUUUCAGGUUAUGCAGCAACUACUGCAGGCCCUAAUAAUGUAAGAGUAAUUGCUACAAGACCCUCCAAUAACCUCCAAUGUGCAAACACCACGGUUGUCGACUGUCAGAGGCUGGCAGAGCUGGAACCACGCUGGCCACAUCAACGCUUGUUCUGUGGCCAAAGGGCUGGAGUGGAUAUAUGUAUAGGCGACUCUGGUGGAGGAGUAGUGUACAAAGGCAAGAUCUACGGUGUCAUUGCAUUCACUUAUGACGGGGGUUAUGCCGGUCGAGAACCGGCUGGAUUUAUGAACGUCUGUGAAUACAUCAGUUGGAUCAAUGGUGUCAUUACCAGACAGUAAAGAUGUCUAAUGUGUGGUUAACAGAUGUCAACAGACAUUUCACAUAAGAACAGUUGAGUUACUCUAAAUUUGCAAUUGAUAUAUUUACGAUUUAUUGGUUUAGUUUAAACUAUUAUUCUUGAUACCCUUUAAGACAAACCUUAAAUUCUGAUUAUAUAACAUGAAUUUAGUUUCACAAGCUAGUGUCUAAGUUUACACAUUCUUGCUGUCAGACUGUUAUGGUUAGAAAAUAUCUAAAUUUUGAUUUUACAGAUCUAAAUUCAGAUAAAGACAAUUAGACAUAUCCCUUGUAUAGAUUUAAUAUAGUAUUAGUAUUAUUAGUAUUAUGUAGUAUUUUGCCUGUUAGUACACUCAUUGAGUCAUUGUGUGAAAAAACUACAAAGGGCAAAUUCUAAUAAGGUCUGCUAUUCAUUUAAAAAUACUGAUAACAGUGAUAAAUAUGACAGUUCUUUUACAUGUUGUGUCUGUUGAAAUAAAAUUAAAGUGACUCACAA